AUUAUGGGUAUUUGCGAUAUUCCUAAGGUUAACAAAUUAACUGGUCUUAUUCUGAUGAUUGUAAACAUUUUCUUCCCCGGUAUUGGUACCAUUAUUGGUGCCGUUAUUAAUGAGGGUGGUUGCGAUGCCGGAAUGCUGAUUGCCGGUGUUUUGCAACUUUGUUUGACUGUUUGUGCCAUUGGCUGGAUCUGGUCUAUCUAUGUGGGAUGCAAGAUGGGCUGCUGUAGAGAUUAAGUGUGUA